AUGCCCUUUGGUCUCAAGAAUGCUGGAACCACAUAUCAAAGAGUAAUGCAAAGCAUCUUUGAUGACAUGCUUAAUAAAAAUAUCAAAUGUUAUGUGGAUGAUUUAGUUGUUAAAUCAAAGAAAAUGAGUAACUACUUGGAGGACUUGAGACAAGCCAAAAUUAAUGCUAUAUUGAGGAUGCCUGAGCCUCAUGACAUUCAUGAAUUGAAAAGUCUUCAAGGGCGAUUAGCUUAUCUGCUGAGAUUUAUCUCAAAUUUAGCAGGAAUGUGUCAACCAUUUAGUCGCUUGAUGAAGAAAGAUGUGCCAUUUCAAUGGGAUGAGACUUGUAGUAAUGCGUUCAAUAGCAUUAAGUCUUAUCUUAUGAAAGCACCUGUUUUGGCUACACCUAUUCAUGGAAAGCCAUUACUUCUUUAUAUUGCUGCUCAGGAACGCUCAGUGGGGGCAUUGCUUGCACAAGAAAAUAAUGAAGGAAAAGAAGUUGCCCUUUAUUAUUUAAGCAGAAUGAUGACCCCUAACGAACUAAACUACUCGCCAAUUGAAAAGUUGUGUUUAGCUCUUAUUUUUGCAAUACAGAAGUUAAAACACUACUUUCAAGCACAUAGUCUGCAACAGUUUGAGAUUAUUUAUGUGCCUCAAAAAGCGGUGAAAGGACAAGUUCUGGCGGAUUUUCUUGCUGAUCACCCGAUACCUGUUGAAUGGGAGUUAAGUGAUGACCUACCAGAUGAGGAUGUACUCCUUAUUGAGAUCCGCCCACCAUGGAAAAUGUAUUUUGAUGGUGCUGCUCAUCGUCAUGGGGCUGGAGCAGGGAUUGUAUUCAUGACUCUUGAUGGAGGGAUAUUAUUAUACUUUUUUACCCUAAAUCAACAUUGUUCAAAUAAUGUUACUGAGUACCAAGCUCUCAUACUCGGACUUGAAAUAGCUGUUGACAUGGAGCCGUUGGAACUUCAAAUCUAUGGUGGCUCUCAAUUGGUGGUUAACCAAUUCUUGGGAAGUUAUAAAGUCAAAAAGUCCGAAUUAAUUUCGUAUCACAAAUAUGCAAUGCGACUUGUGAAGCGGCUUGGAGGUGCAAGUAUUAGGCAUGUUCCUAGAAGGAAAAAUGAGCAAGUUGAUGCAUUAGUUGUGCUAGCCUCUUCACUUGCCAUGCCGGAUCAUGAGAUACAAGUUCGUGUAUGUCAAAAGUGGGUAAUUCCAUCACUAAUUGAUGAUGAAGAUAUUGAAGGAGGCGACGCUCAUGUGGCCUCAACCUAUGAAAUUGAUAAAGAAGAUUGGAGACAACCCCUCGUUGAUUAUCUUAAGUAUCAAAAAUUACCUGAGGAGCAACGUAGGAGAACUGACAUCCGUCGUCGUGCCUCUCGUUUAUCCUGUACAAGGACACGCUGUACCGAAGAUCAUUUGAAGGUGUACUGUUGCGCUGUCUGA